UGACUAAGGUCCUAACAAUGCUUUUUCAAAUCUAGUCCCGGCAACGUACAGAUGGUCUAAUCACAGAGAAAGGCGAGAGCUCUCACCCUGACAGCAGAAGUUUUCCAUCGGUGGGGGUGUUCUGGGGUGUGCAGUUUUUUCUUUUUUUUCUGCAGAGAGAGGGUGAUGCUGUUCUUCAUUCACUGGGAAUGUAUUGACUGAGAAUCUGACUCUCAACCUUCCAGCUGGACCAGGCUGCUGCUCUGCUCACUGCGUGAGGCUGAGACCAGGACAUAAACACACCUGAAGCCUGAGCUCUCCCUGGUUACAACUGAACUAAAGAGUCUUCUAAUAAAACCAUGAGGAUCUUCCUCCUGCUCUGCCUGCUGGUACUAGGCAACGCCAAACCAUACCAGCCUAUCAACGUCAUGGACAUCAUGAAAAACUUCGACAUCAUGAUGGCGGAUUCAGAUGAUGACGAUGACGACGAUGAUGACGAUGAUGAUGAUGACGAUUAUGAAGAUGAGAACUGUCCAGCUAAUUGCAACUGCUCACCCAGAGUGGUGCAGUGCUCGGAUCAGGGUCUGAUAUCUAUUCCUGAGAAGAUUCCUGAAGACACUGUGAUGAUUGACCUCCAAAACAAUGACAUCACCGACAUUAAGGAGGACGACUUUAAAGGCCUCAGCAAGCUUUAUGGCCUGUUUCUAAUUAACAACAAGAUCUCUAAGAUUCACCCAAAGGCCUUUAAGAACAUGGACCACCUCAGACUGCUGUAUCUCUCCUACAACCUGCUGACCGAGAUCCCUGCAAACCUGCCUCCCAACAUCAUCGAGCUUCGCUUCCACGAAAACAGGAUCAGUAGGAUCCAGAAGGACGCAUUUAAAGGCUUGAGGAACCUCCACGUGUUGGAGCUGGGCGCCAACCCUCUGGCCAACAGUGGAAUAGAGCUGGGAGCUUUUAACGGCUUGUCUGCUUUGUAUGUCGGUAUAGCAGAGGCCAAACUAACAGCGGUGCCAAAAGACCUCCCAUCCUCCAUGACAGAGCUGAGCCUGGACUACAACAAGAUUGCUAAGGUGGAAGUUGAAGACUUCAUGAAAUAUAAAAACCUACAAAGGCUAGGACUAGGAUUUAACCAGAUCAAGUUUGUAGAAAAUGGCAGCCUCAUCAGCACCCCAAACCUCCGUGUGAUUCACCUGGACAACAACCGUCUGAAAAAGGUCCCACCAGGUCUCAACUCCUUGCGCUACCUUCAGGUGGUUUUCCUCCAUGGCAACAAAAUCAGCAGCGUGGGAGUCAACGACUUCUGCCCCAUCAGGGCCAGUGUCAAGAAGAACCUGUACACGGGCAUCAGUCUGUUUGCCAACCCUGUUAAAUACUGGGACAUACAGCCGGCCACCUUCCGCUGCGUGACCGGACGGAGGGGUGUUCAGCUUGGAAACUUCAGAAAGUAGUAGAAAGCGAAAAUGAUAAGUUCCAGACGGCUCAGAAAUGGGGAACUGCCAAAAUGACACAAUAAGAAAGGAGCUGGAAGCAAUUUUGAUAGAUAAAUCUGUAUCCUAAAGGGCUAGCUGUAUGAGAGAUAAGAUAAAUCCUCAUUAUAUUAAUGUAUAUUAGAACCUGUAGCAUAUGUUGCUGAAUACAAUUUACAUAUAGAAGUUCAGUCAGGGAAAAAAAAUACGCUCAAAAUGAAAAUUAAAUCAUAAGCUACCACACUAGGAGAUGUUUUCAGUCGUGAUAGACUCUAUACAGCAGAAUAUAAAACACAUAAAGGGGAUUCAUUUCCCCUCAGCUUUUAGUGGUGUAACUUUCCCAGGACUAAAGCGCCUCCUCCUGGUCACUAUACACAAAAACACUCAGUGCCUCGAGUGGUGUUACUGUUGAAGCAUCAUUAUCAAAACAGGUCAAUUUAAUUCUUUUUUUUUUCUUCUAGUUUUAAAAUCAGGUUCUAUUUAAUGAGAUGUAGCUGAGUGGAAAACUUUCUAUAGUUGUCUUUAUAUCAAACAAAACAAACCUCUUCCCAUUUGCCUUUUUUUAAGUAAUGUUAAAUACACAUGACAGAAGAGUUACUAUGGACCAGAGCUGUAACACGACUGGAGCCUAAAUUUAUUACUACUUUUAAAUUGAAAUAUAUGUUCCUUCAAGCAGAAGUCUGUACAGUCAAUGGACGACGCUGGCAUUAUUAGGUGCAAUAAGUCACUUCGACUGUCUUUUUGUGGAUCUCUUUAUUCUUAUUUGCAUGUCUGUAUUGUCUCUAUUUAGAAGCUGGAAGUCUAAUGUCAGAUUUGAACAUACAUUGUCCUUGAUGAAAUCAUGUCCUCUGCAGAGUUGGGCAUAGAUAUAUUAUCUGUAACCGAUGUAAAAUAUACCCCGAACGUCCCUCUGAACUAUAGCACCCCAAUGAAAAAAAUGAUGAAUAGGUAGUGUAAUCCCAUCCUGGAAUGCCUGAGAGCAUCUUCUGUACAAACAUGUUCAUGUUUCCUCCUACGUUUGCUCUUCUGAAAUGGUGCUAUAUUUAUUGAGGAUGCCUUUAAAUAAACCUGGAACACCACCACA